CGAAAUAGAAAUUAUCAAGACUGAAUUUUCGGCGGGUAAUUUUUGUAAAUUUCGAGAAUAAAUAUGACAGCUGUAGAAGAGGAAGUCUGGUGUGAGGUGAGCGACGAUGAGACAUAUAAUCCGGGUAAGGAAAAGAAAGGAACUUGGGAGCCGAAGGCAGAAGAUAUUCUUAAAGUGUUUGAACAGCUUCAAUCUAAGAAGGUGUUGGACUUGCACUGGAAGUGUCCAGGACGUCGACAUCCAGAUUCCGAUGUGAAAGAGGAAGAGGUAACGAAAGAAGAACAAGUGAUAACACCAGUGAAACAAGAGGAGAAAAAACCCACCAUACCAAAUGAGUUUGAUUUUGAUGAAGAUGAUAUAGGAGGUACCAAGGCUGUUCUUACACCAAGGAGGACUCCAGGAUCUGUACCGAAGUCGCAGAAGAAGGAAGCAAAGAUGGACAAGAUCCUUAAGGACAUGAUGCAGCAGCGUAAACUACAGGCCGCUGAGAGGGAGGCCCGAAAACUUGCUGGGAACAAAUCCCCACGGACACCUGCCAGUCCUGGUAGAGCUCGAAUAAGUAGUCCUGCUGGAUCCCCGCGCACCCCUAAUAGACAGUCACCUGUGAGGAUAGGCGCUAAUCCGCCAGACCCAAUCACUACUACUCCUGUCAGACCACCAACUGAUACACAGAAUGCAAUACGUGCAACUAAAAUUGAACCAAAUAACAC